AUGCCGCCUCCGAAAGAGGUCGCGCAGAAAGCGGGAGCGAGCCGAAGGAACGUGAAGGAGGUGGAGGACUCCCACUGGAAGCAGCGAGGAAAAGGAAGCAGAGCGCAAGGCAAUGCUGCGGCCACGCACCACCACGACGUGCUCGGCGAGCUCCUCUCAGAGCAGGAGCGCCUGAUACAAGCGAGGUAUGAUCACGUGGAGAGUCAUCGCAAGGAGCACUUCUCCGACCGCUUCUCCUGCUCUUCCCGUGCCUCGGCGGUGCCCCCGGCGGUGCCCUCGGCGGUGCCCACGUCGUUUUCACCUUCACAGGACACGCAUGGGGGAAUUGGUCAGGGAGAGGACGGAGACGCAACGAAGAACAGGGUGCCCUUCGAACGCACCGCCGACUUGACGGUGACGCUCCUUGGAGACUUCGUGGACGAGCUGGCGGAGGGCUACGCGCAGCCUUGGUUCCAGGAGCUGCUUCUGGAACAGCCCGAGGCGCGAGAGCUGAGCUGCCACGAGCCGGGCAGCGAGUCGGCGCGCGAGUGCGCUCGGGCCUUCCUGCGGCGCCUGCAGGAGCUCGCCUUUCAGGUUCAGAGGCCGAUCCUCCAAAGCUGGGGCUUCGAGGGCGAGCAGGGCCUCUUUGACAUGACCUCGAUUCUGCUGGAGCACUCGAAGACAGGCCCGAGCUGGCUGCAAGAGAAGAUCGACGCCUGCCUAUUUCUGCUCUACGGCGGCCCAAGCGGGCUUGUUGGGAAGCAGGCGGACGGGCAGCACCUGACUCGGGUCGGGGCUUUGCGCGUCGCAUGCCGGUACUGGGUGGUCGGAACCGGACGCCUGCGCGUCUACGUCUUCGACGGUUGGAACGCAAGGGUGGUCAAGCCACUUUGCGACGUCGCACGUGUUGUGCGGCAGCGCGUCGCCCUCGUCGCUGCGUUGACUGGGAGCGUCAGUAAGAUGGCUGACGACCCUCCCGACAGCGCCAGGCUUCGCCCCAACAAGGUCCCGGCCCCACCGAGCCCGCAGUACCUGGUCGGUAACCGGUCGGUAACUGACCUCAAAUUGCCUGUUUUUGGCCUGUUUUUGAGCUCCCGACCGGGUACCGACCAGGUACCGACCGGGUACCGACCGGGUACCGACGGGUACCGACGGGUGCUGACCGGGUACUGA